AUUCGGAAUUUCUCGGGGCGACCCUUGGUCGAUCUCUUUAUAUAAUCAGCAAGUUAUAAAAGGUGUCACCGCUCUGGAACGUUGCGAACUUCAACACUUUGGGAACACAGACGUAGUUUGGAGCUGACAGGAUCUAGCAAAGAUGGCAAACAGAGACAAAGCAACGAACCAACUGGCAGAUUUCAAGAAAGCCCAAUCGAAAGCAGAUGUGCUGACCACAGGAACAGGUGCCCCGGUGGGCACUAAGACAGCCACACUGACCGCUGGACCACGAGGGCCUGUCCUUAUUCAGGACUUUACCUUCACAGAUGAGAUGGCUCACUUCAACAGAGAGCGCAUCCCAGAACGAGUCGUCCACGCCAAGGGGGGAGGUGCCUUUGGGUACUUUGAGGUAACCCACGACAUCACAAAGUACUGUAAGGCCAAACCGUUUGAGUUUGUGGGCAAGAAGACUCCAGUCGGCAUCCGUUUCUCAACAGUCGGAGGAGAGAGUGGGUCUGCAGACUCCGCCCGUGAUCCUCGUGGAUUUGCCGUAAAAUUUUAUACAGAGGAUGGAAACUGGGAUCUGGUCGGCAACAACACACCAAUCUUCUUCAUCCGUGACCCCAUGUUGUUCCCCAAUUUUAUCCACACACAGAAGAGAAAUCCACAAACCCAUCUAAAGGACCCUGACAUGUUCUGGGAUUUCAUCUCCCUGCGGCCCGAGACCACCCACCAAGUGUCCUUCCUGUUCUCCGACCGAGGAACACCCGACGGCUUCCGAAAAAUGAACGGGUAUGGGAGUCACACCUUCAAGAUGGUCAACAAGGAAGGCAAACCUAUAUACUGCAAAUUCCACUUCAAGACUGACCAGGGUAUCAAAAACCUGAAGGCUGACCAGGCCGCAGAACUGUCCAAAAAUGACCCUGACUAUGCAAUCCGGGAUCUGUUUAAUGCUGUCUCAGAGGGUGACUUCCCUUCCUGGUCAGUCUCCAUCCAGGUCAUGACCUUUGAGGAGGCUGAAAAGUUCAAAUACAACCCAUUUGAUCUCACAAAGGUGUGGCCACAGGGAGAGUACCCUCUGAUCCCCGUGGGACGGAUGGUACUGAACAGAAAUCCCAAGAACUACUUUGCAGAGGUGGAACAGAUAGCAUUCUCACCUGCUCACAUGAUUCCAGGUAUCGAGGCCAGCCCUGACAAGAUGUUACAGGGUCGUCUGUUCUCCUACUCGGACACCCACCGACACAGACUGGGCAGUAACUACCUCCAGCUGGCCGUCAACUGUCCCUUCAACACGAAGGCCAAGAACUACCAGCGUGAUGGACCACAAUGUGUGGGCGAUAACCAAGGUAACGCACCAAACUACUUCCCCAACAGUUUCACUGGCCCACAGGACAACAAACAAUUCCUGGAAAGUCCCUUCUCCAUCACUGGCGAUGUCCAGCGGUACGAGACCGGCGAAGACGACAAUUUCUCACAGGUCACCGUCUUCUGGAACAAGGUGUUGAAGCCGGAAGAACGUCAACGAUUGGUGGAGAACAUCGCAGGCCACUUGAAGGAUGCCCAGGAAUUCAUUCAGAGACGGACGGUCCACAACUUUACCCAGGUUCAUCCCGACUUCGGAGGGGGCAUCCAGAAACUCCUGAACUCUCACAAGAAACAGUCUGGAAUGUCUGCCCAGCUUUAAACAGAUAAAGAUACAUGACAAGAACUGCGUACAGGAAAAAUAAAACUGUCAGUGACCCGGAUAUUGACCUGGAUAAGUUUGCUGCUGUCCUAUAUUUUGACCUUCAAUAUCUGAUGACUGGAACUAGAUUUGAUAACUUACAACAAUCAGUGCUUGUGUUCAAGUGAUUUGUGUGAUAAAAUAAACUGUGAAUUGAAUCAACGGUUGUUUUGAAAAAAUAUUCUUCAGGUAAAAACUGUCCAUUCUGUUGACGGAAAAAGUGAUGCGACAAAAAUAUGGCAUUUUCAAUCAAUUAUCAUAUUUCUUUUUCAAAUGCAAUAUUUUCUUUCAGGAUUAUGCACUUUUGUUGAAUUUCAUCCCAGACAAUGAAAAUCCUGACAUCUGAAAAAAGCAAACAAAGUUAUAUACAAUUUGUUAAUGUAUAGAUAUUUAUAAAUUGUUGUUAUACAAGAUAUUUAAAAGAUCUUUUUUUUUUUAUUUGACUUCAAGUCAAUCAAUCAUAAACUGCCAGACUUGGGAAAUAUUAGGUCAAGGGAUAGUUUUUUAGGCAGACCAAUUAUAUUUAUUCUGAUUUGUGUAUAGUAAGUCAAUGAUAAGCCGAAUUUUACAAGGACAGUGCUUAUCUAAUGUAACUAUAAAGAUGAGUGAUCAUAUCUUGGCACUCGACCUUGACAUUGUACUUUAUACUAACAAGAUGUUCACUUAGCCUGGGCCCGUCCCAAAUACUUAUAAGAUAUAGAUUAGCUAGAGGUCAAAGUUCACAAGACAACAAACUAGGCAACUGAAAUU